AUGGAAUUCCCGCCCAUACACUCGUUCCCGCCCCUGUACACGAGACAACCGAACAAGCUGGUCAGAAACAAGCAGUUGGAAACGUGGGCAGGGAUUAUACUGGACAACGCAAAGAAGCUUCACAGGUGGGAGAUAGACAAAACGGGGCGGUUCGAAAGAGGAGGGCCCUCGAUCUUCACUAGCGAGAGCAUUGGUCGCGCCGUGCCACAGUUGUUCAUCAACGAGAUAUGGCGGCACAUGCAGCGGAAUAACCAGAUCAUACUGAGGGACGAGUCCCUGCAGUGGGGGGUACUCGACGACGCGGACGCGGACGCAAGUUUCUACGUCCUUUGGCGGCCCCUAGACGCGUGGACAAGUCUUAUACUGGAGUGGUUUGACACGGCGAACCAAAUGGGGAAAGUGGUCACUUUCUAUGAACUGGCACAAGGAGAUGAGAGCUUGGAUUGCGAGUUUCAUGGGAUCCCGGAACCAUUGCUUCUCAGGAUCCUGAAACCGCUCGUUAAGAGGGGCAGAGCCACAAUGUUGAAGGGCGAUAACGACCAGUAUGUUGCCAUUAAAGUAGUGUAG